UCAUCUCUCUUCAUGAUACAUCACCUAAAUAUGUAUAGUAACGGUAGGUAGUAUUUUGGCAACAGUUUAAAUGUAGCGCCUUGGGAAGCCCUUCUUCAUUUCUCAGCCCAUAGAUGGCAGGACUUUGUGUAAAAUUUACCGCUAUCUAUUGCGAAUAUUUUGCAGCUUGCACCGGGUCUGUAAAAUUUGUUCCGCAGUGAUUUUAAGGUUAUGUUUAUUAAUAUCAAUGACUUUCACGUGUGAUCUUUUAGAGGAAAUCUGAAUGUUAUGUUAAUGUGCACUUAGAUUGAUAAAAAUAUUACUUUCUGAAACGUUAUGAAUUGUUCCAGUUAUUCAAUUAUAGAAUGUGUCAGUAUUUGGUAUUAAAUCUGUGCUAGUGUCACAGAGACACGAUACUCUUUUAUAUUAUUGUAUAAAAUUGGGGUGCAUUUCGAUCAUAUAAUAUUUGCUGUGCAUUACAUUAAUUCACCGAAAUGUCGGCAAAUGUUGAACCGAAACGAGUGGACAGUGAUGUUCCAGAAGAAGCUCUAAAUGCAGUUUUAGUGAAAAGUGUUCCUUUACCAGCUGGGACACCCAUUAUUAAAGGUUAUGAUUUUAACAAAGGUAUUAACUACCAUGCUUUGUUAGAAACUUACCUUUCAUCUGGUUUUCAAGCCACAUACUUUGGUCAGGCUGUAGAUGAAGUGAGAAAGAUGCUCUUGUGCCGGCGGCAGGCAUUGCCAGAAGAUAAAGAAGAUGAUUCUUUUGAAGAAGAUGAAUUUAUCAAACGUCGAAGUAAUUGUACCAUUUUUCUUGGUUACACAUCUAACAUGGUCUCGUGUGGUGUUCGUGAAUCAAUAAAAUUUUUAGCACAACAUCGAAUGAUUGAUUGUAUCGUAACCACUGCUGGAGGUGUGGAAGAAGAUUUAAUAAAAUGUUUAGGCCACACAUAUCUUGGAGAUUUUGCAUUAGAUGGUCGAAGACUGAGGGAAAAAGGGAUUAAUCGAAUUGGCAAUCUCCUUGUGCCUAAUGAAAAUUAUUGUCGAUUUGAAGACUGGGUUAUGCCAAUUCUGGAUAAAAUGCUUACAGAGCAGAAGGAAAAGGGAAUAUUGUGGACUCCAUCAAAAGUCAUUGCUCGUCUUGGAGAAGAGAUAGAUGAUCAGGAAUCCAUUUGUUAUUGGGCUGCCAAAAAUAAGAUUCCCAUUUUUAGCCCCGCCCUUACAGAUGGUAGUUUGGGAGAUAUGAUGUAUAUGCAUUCAUAUCGAAAUCCAGGGCUUGUUUUGGACAUUAUUCAAGAUCUGAGGAGACUCAACUCAAUGGCAGUAAAAGCUGCUAACACUGGGAUGAUUAUUCUAGGAGGUGGUGUAGUCAAACAUCACAUCUGCAAUGCCAACCUCAUGGUAAGAAAUGGAGCAAAUUACUCUGUCUUCAUCAACACUGCAUCUGAGUUUGAUGGUAGUGACAGUGGUGCCAGGCCAGAUGAAGCCAUUUCUUGGGGAAAAAUACGCAUGGAUGCGUCUCCUGUCUAUGCUGAUGCUUCCCUAGUUUUUCCAUUGCUUGUUGGUGAAACCUUUGCAAGACAGUACCAUGCUGAGAAGGACAAAGUUGAAUCUACUGUGUAGAUUUUCUGCAUUUUUAAAAAAGAAUAAAUUCCCGCUUACAAAAAAAACUCCCUUUUAACUAGUUUAUACUAGUCAUUAAUAUUAGUAUUGUUCCUAUGUAGACAGUGAUGGCAAAUCAGGUUUUUCUUUUACAUUUGGCAUAUGUUGAAAUUUUUGUGCCUUGACAAAUAUUUUACUUACUUGAAUUUGGAAUUUGACUCUUAUCCCCCAAAAAAUUGCGGUGGAUUUCAAAAGAACAGUUAAAUAUUGAUUAUUUUUUUAUUGAAAAUUCAUGUCCUGACUAGAAUACAUUUUCAAUUUGACCUUGUUAUCUAUGAAACAUGAUAUUCAUGUAGUGUUGAGUGAAAUCAUAGGCCAUAAAAAAACAAAUGUAAUUUGUUUCAGAGAAAUUAAGGUAUAAACUGAAUGGGAAACAUUUCAAAUCCCUUGAUGGAUAUCUUUGUUUAAAUUUAUAUCUUUCAUUUGCAAAUGUUGUUCUUUCAAUUAUGUGAUUGAGAAAAUUUGCUUUAGAAACGGUCGUGCAAUGCAAUGACACUUCGAAACACACCAUUACAAUUUCCAUGUGAAUGUAUAUUAAUAUCACAACAUAAUAUUUUACACAGUAGGCCAUCAGAUUUUAACUAUAAAGACAUGUCACAUUGUGAAUCUUUUGAAAGAAGGCUUCUCUCAAGAAUUUUAGAAAUAUGAUUUAUUGCAAAUCAUCAUGAAAGUCGAAAAAUAAAUGUAGUGUACAAACUGUUCUAUUUUAGAAGAACAAUAUGUCCAUGUGAUGAUUUGUAGAAAAUUAAGUAUUUCAAAAUAUUCAGAAAUUUAAUUUGUUAGUUUUUAAAUUAUCCUGUUUUUCUUUCAGUGCACAUGAACACACUUCCAAAAAUGCCUUAAAUUCAAAUAUUCCAAUGACCAGUGUAAAAAUUCAACUUUUUGCCACUUCUUAUUUUUGCUUUUGGCUUUUGUUCCUAUUCACAUUACACAUCAUUACACUCUUUCAUUCACUCAUUUAUUGUAGAGGAAACAGUGGAUUUACACAAAUGCACUCACAACACAAACACGGUCUUUAAUAAUAAGAACAUUAAAUAAUUAUUAUAUAGCAUUUACAAUCAGGAAGAUUAUUUCAUCAUUUUAAUUUUUACAAAUUUUGUCAUUACAACCUGGAAUGGCAUAUGGAAUGUCAGUUUAAUUCAGUGUAUUCAAAGCAAGUGUAUUUUUGAUUAGCCAUCACUGUUUAAUAAUUUGAAUUUAUUCAAUGGAAAGAUCCCAUUGUAGAACACAUGGUUUUUGGACCGGCUGCAGUUCAAUGAACAAUACAGAGAAAUUAAUGAAUUUGUUCCUGUACAUAUGUUGGUACAUACCUGUGAUAUUUUUUGUAUUUGAGUAAUUUUACUUUCAAGUUUUUUAUUCGCAUUGUCAUACAUUUCAUAAUUACAGCAACAGUGUAACAGAUGUUUCCAUUUAUAUUCUCUGUGGUUCUCUAGGAAUGAAAUCUACAUGUUCUGUUAUCUUAAUUCGGUGUAAAUAUAUAAGUAGUGUUUAUGUGUGAUUACUCCUGACUUGUAUACAAACAUUUGUAAUUGUUGAAUGUAUAUUUGUAUACAGUUUCAUAAGUAUAUUAUACAAAAAUUAUGAUUUUUUCCAGUUAUUUAUGUUUUAUUAAGUCAGUGAAACUUGUAAUUUGUUUAAUUAUAACACAAGGCUCUGUUCUUGUUUUGCGUUUCACAAACUUUACCUGGUAUCAGAUUGAAUUAGUUUAUCAGAUUUAAUUCAGGACUUAAUUUUUUUAAAACAAGUUUUCAACAAUAUAUAUCAGUGAUUGUGAUAUAAAAUAUGGAAAUAAGUUUUCAGAAAAUAUAGAAAUUAAAUAUACACUGGAAAGCAUGGGAAUUUAUAAUGAAUAAUAUGUUAUUCUGGAUAAAGCUGGGUAACUUAGUAGCAUAUAUUUUGUUAUCUAUAUGAAUGUUGUGAUAUCCAUUUUUUAUUGGUUUCCUGUUUACAUGUGUUGAAAAUUAAUUCUUAUAUUAUUAAGAAGUUUAAAGUUUUUACAAGAUUUGUGAAACUUCGUUUUUAACAUAUCGUAUAAGUUUAAGUAACAGUAUAAUAAUAUGUUCUAGCAAACAUGUGAAUAUUGAAUUCUCACUCAGAAUUAUGUUAAAGAAACUUGAUCAUUUAUUUGAACAAGACAAUUUGUGUUAUAUUAUAAUACUAACAUUUUCAAAAAGUACUGUCAAUCAAUUCUGCAAUUUAAUUUCUGUUUUGUUUGUGUAAUUAUUAGCAUUUUAUAAAAUUAUGAUGAAUCAGUAAAAAAAUCAUAGGGACUUAGACCUAUCCUAGGAAAAUGUUAUUUCUAAUAAGUUUUUAAAAAGAAAGGACUGGUAGAUAUUGGAAUGAGAGUUUCCAAAUAAGGUUAUUUUCUCUCAUGUCUCCAGAAAUUUUUUCCAUGAUCUAUGGAGAAGAGUUUGAAAAGAGAGGAAACAAAAAUUACAGAAAAUAUUUUUAGGAAUCGACAGAAAAGGAGCCCUAUAAAAAUUUUCAUGUAGACCAAAUUUCCGAAGAUAUAUGAUAUCUUGAACACCCCCCCUUUUUUUUCUUACAUCUUUCCUUUCUGUCUUAAC